CUGUAGGCGGACCAGCUCGGAGCUGGGCAGCGGCAGGCAGCAUCGUCAAGCCCACAUCAGAUGCAGACAACAACAGUGUCAGAUCGGGAGGGAGUCGCAAUUGUGUUCUCCGCUUGCGAUGGAUGUCGUGUAAAAGGUGGAAAUAGCAAGGCGCCGCAGUAUACCUCCAGGUUUCAGCCCCAUGAAGGAGCUCCGUCCCGGCUGAGUUUGGGAGAUGGGAGUACUCAACAUUGCAGACCAGCCUCCUCUGGUCCAGGCCAUCUUCAACCGUAAUGCUGAAGAAGUCCAAAUAUUAUUGCACAAAAAGGAGGAUGUCAAUGCACUGGACCAAGAGCGCCGCACGCCACUUCAUGCUGCUGCAUGCAUGGGGGAUGUUCAUAUCAUGGACCUCCUCAUUGAAUCAGGUGCCAAUGUGAACGCUAAAGAUCAUGUAUGGCUUACCCCCUUGCAUAGAGCGGCCGCUUCAAGGAAUGAGAGGGCUGUGGGCCUGCUGCUGAGGCGUGGCGCCGAGGCCAAUGCCCGAGACAAGUUCUGGCAGACAGCGCUGCACGUGGCGGCUGCCAACCGGGCCACUCGCUGCGCCGAGGCCUUGUUGAGCCAGCUGAGCAACCUGAACAUGGCCGAUCGCACCGGCCGAACUGCACUGCACCAUGCCGCUCAGAGUGGUUUCCAGGAGAUGGUGAAGCUGCUGCUGAACAAGGGAGCCAACCUGAGUGCCAUCGAUAAGAAGGAGCGACAGGCUGUUCACUCUGCUGCUUACUUGGGUCAUGUGGAGGUUGUGAAGCUGCUGUUGUCACGUGGCGCAGACAAGAGCAGCAAGGACAAGCAAGGAUACACGCCUCUCCAUGCCGCUGCCGCUAGUGGCCACAUCGAAAUUGUAAAAUACCUGCUCAGGAUGGGGGCAGAGAUCGACGAGCCCAAUGGGUUUGGGAACACGGCGCUCCACAUGGCGUGCUACAUGGGGCAGGAGGCUGUGGCCACUGAGCUGGUAAACCACGGGGCGAACGUGAAUCAGCCCAACAGGUGCGGCUACACGCCUCUGCACCUGGCCGCUGUCUCAACCAACGGCGCCCUCUGUCUGGAGUUGCUGGUCAACAACGGGGCAGAUGUCAACCAGCAAAGCAAAGAAGGGAAGAGCCCCCUGCACAUGGCAGCCAUUCAUGGACGCUUCACACGUUCUCAGAUCCUAAUCCAGAAUGGUGGUGAAAUCGAUUGUGUGGAUAGGUAUGGCAAUACUCCUCUCCAUGUCGCUGCUAAGUUCGGCCAUGAACUGCUGAUCAGCACUCUAAUGACCAAUGGAGCGGACACGGCCAGACGUGGGAUCCAUGGAAUGUUCCCCUUGCACUUAGCUGUGCUUUACGGGUUUUCAGACUGUUGUCGGAAGUUACUCUCCUCAGGUCAGUUGUACAGCAUCGUUUCCUCCAUGAGUAAGGAGCAUGUGCUGUCAGCAGGGUUUGACAUUAACACCCCUGACAACUUUGGGAGGACCUGUCUACACGCUGCUGCCUCUGGAGGAAAUGUUGAAUGUCUGAACUUGCUCUUAAGUAGUGGCACAGACUUGAACAGGAGGGACCUGAUGGGAAGAACACCAUUACACUAUGCGGCUGCUAAUGGGAGGUACCAGUGCACUGUGACCUUGGUUAGCGCUGGUGCUGAGAUCAACGAGCCCGAUCAAACAGGCUGCACCCCUCUGCACUACUCUGCAGCCUCACAAGCUUUCAGCAGAGUUGAUGGCCAUUUUUAUGGGAAUCAUCAGCAUGAUGAAGAAGAGGUGAAGGAGUCAUACUUCUGCUUGGAGCAUCUUCUGGACAAUGGCGCCGAUCCCUCAAUGGUCAACGCUAAGGGUUACAGCGCUGUUCACUAUGCAGCUUAUCAUGGCAACACACAGAACCUGGAGCUGCUCCUGGAGAUGUCAUUUAAUGCACUUGGAGACAUUGAGAGCAGUAUUCCAGUCAGUCCCCUGCAUCUCGCUGCUGACAGGGGACACUGGCAGGCACUGCGUUUACUGACUGAGACAGCUGCUUAUGUGGAUAUGCAAGACGCUGCUGGCCGUUCUGUGCUCUACCUGGCAGCCCAGAAAGGCUAUGCCCGCUGUGUGGAGGUCCUGUUGGCCCAGGGAGCCUCGUGUCUCCUGAAUGACAGCCGCCUCAUUUGGACCCCAAUUCAUGUUGCAGCUGCUCACGGUCACGCUGACUGCCUGCACAAGAUGAUUGAAUGUGGGGAAGAUGGCGACCUUGCCAAUGUCGCUGACAAGUUUGGCCAGACACCUCUGAUGCUCGCCGUUCUUGGGGGCCACACUGACUGCGUCCGAUUCCUGUUGGCGAACGACGCUGUGCCAGAUGCCAAGGAUAAGAGAGGCAGCACGGCCUUGCACAGAGGGGCCUUGCUGGGCCACGAUGAGUGUGUGGCGGCCCUGCUGGAGCACAAAGCUUCUGUGCUGUGUCGGGACUCCCUGGGGCGGACACCGCUGCACUACGCAGCCUCCAGAGGCCAUGCCGAGAUCUUGGCCAGUCUGGUGCAGGCCGCAAUGGAGCCGCAAGACAAACUGCUGGACAACAAACAAUACACCCCUCUGCACUGGGCCGCUUAUAAAGGGCAUGAAGACUGUUUGGAGGUAUUACUUGAAUUCAAAUCAUUUAUUCAUGAAGAGGGAAACACUUUCACUCCCCUACACUGUGCUCUGAUGAAUGGCCAUAGUGGUGCUGCAGAACGGCUUCUUGAAUGUGCCGGGGUCCACAUGAUAAACACCAGAGAUGCCAAAGGAAGGACCCCGCUGCAUGCUGCUGCUUUUGCCGAGGACGUCGCAGGACUCCAGCUGGUGCUUCGUCACGGGAGUGAGAUCAACGCGGUGGACAACAAUGGACGUUCUGCUCUAAUGGUAGCUGCCGAUAAGGGGCACAGUGGCAUUGUGGCCAUCCUUCUUCACCGGGCAAAAGCCGACCUCACAUUGCUGGAUGAGAAUAGGAACACUGCCUUGCACCUGGCCUGCAACAAGGCUCAUGAGAUGUGUGCUCUGCUGAUUCUGGGAGAGAUCCACAGUCCCACUCUUGUAAACGCUACCAACAGUGCUCUGCAAAUGCCCCUCCAUCUUGCCGCUCGUAACGGCUUGGCCACAGUGGUGCAGGCGCUGCUGAGCAGAGGAGCCACUGUUCUGGCUGUGGAUGAGGAAGGCCACACCCCAGCUCUGGCCUGCGCCCCAAACAAAGAUGUGGCUGACUGUCUGGCUCUGAUCCUCUCCACCAUGAAGCCUUUCCCCCAGCUUGACCCUUCCUCCUGCUCUUGCUCCUCCCCUGGCGUUUCCCCAUCGCCAGGCCUCAACUUGCUCAAGCACUGCGGCAUAACGGCCGCCUGCGCCCCCCUGCCCAGCAACGGCCUCCACAACGGCUACGUCAAAGACCGCCACGGCGCACCGGUCGGCCUGGACGGCUGCCUGUCCGAGUGAGGGGUGUCGCCACCAGGCUCGGUCAUGCUGCUGUCACCGUCAUCUACCACCGGGGGUGUCUCCCUUUAAUGUGGCCAAGAGGACCAGGAGAGCACCCGCCUACAUAUCUCUUUUGUGUCGAGAGAACUACUGUAGGAUGUAGUGAAGUGACCAAGGCCUUGUUGAUUUCCAAGAUGAAGGCUUUACAAGUAAUAUCUGCCAACAACACCUCAUCAGAGCGUCAUAUAUCUGAGCACAUAAAUGAACAAGCCAUUUCAAUUUCGUUCCCAUCUCUUAAACAGUGUUUGUGCAAAGUUUUCAGAGUCAGCGUGGUCUACGCGAUAGUUCUGUGUGACGUUUAGGCCUUUUCUUUUUCACGUGUGCGCCUGCGUGUUCCUCAGUGUUGAAGGAUUAUUUCGUGACCUCGUCUUAAUAGUUUCUAUCUCUUGGUGGUCAUCACUUUGAAGCGUAUUGUCUGUUUAUUUUACUGCCUCCAUCAUCAUCAUUAUUUUUUUUUUUAUUAUUUUGUUUUUAUUUGGCAAUUUAUGAGCAAUAUUUUUUCUUUUGGCCUUUUUUUGUUCGUUAUAUUGAAUAGACAAUCACUGUCACAAGGGCUUUUGUUUCCCUGGAGUGGGUUUGGUUUUCCUUUUGGUCUUAACUCGGUGACAGAUGACCUGAAGACUAAACAAAUGGCUCUGCGUGUUUUGGGCAUUUUAAACCGUCUGUGUCAACACAAAUGCACUGGAUUGCCUUUGACGGCGUCUCAUCAAAUGCCUUUUUCGACCCAUGCCUUCCAUCAUUUCAGUUGGACCGUAACACGGCAAAAGUAUUAUGAGCCUUUGCAUCUCUGAGACUCACCUUCCUCCCAUUUGAUAGCACGAACCACAGUCAGUAGAUGACAAUAUUUAAAAAAAAAAAGGGGGGUUGUUCCAGAAAAGGAAGAGGUAUAAUUUAUCAACCAUUAUGGGUUGGUGAGUAGGAAUUGCAUUUGACUUAAUUUCCUUCAACGACUCUGGGGGGGAAAUGAAGGUCAAACUACCAAUUUAUAAAUAUUUUUAGGGUGAUGGGAGAAUAUCUAGGAAUGUUUUGAACUCCCAUGCCCAUGAGUAGCAUAACUCGCCAUAGUUGUCACGUUCUUCUUCGGAGAGCAGGCAGCACUAGCUGAGACUGAAUGAACACCGCCUCUUAGUUGCCCCCAAAUAGUGCACAUCGUUUAGCCUCCUUUUGUUUCAAGAGUCGUUUAAUCAACAAACAAUUCUACCCAACGAUUAUGCCCAUCCCCAGUGCAGGCUUCAGGACUAGCACAGGUCCAAAUAUGUGCUUAUUGAUGUCGUUUUUGUCUCUUCCUUAAAUUUCUGGUACUAAACAUACUAAAUGCAUACUAAAGAUGAUUGUAUCGCCUGUUGUGUUGUUACGUGGUUCAUCUGCUGGCCGUGAUAACUUUACUCAGUAUCUACUGCUAGUGAAGUGGCACAAUUGCACACACAUGUUGACCAGAUGAGUGAUGAGGACCUAGACUCGUUGUUCGACUCCUUCACUUACUUACUACUUAUUAAAAUUGACACAGACUCCUGUCGAGAGGAGCCAUUACUAGUUUGCUGAGAUGAAUUUCACUUUUUACUAUUCUCUUGGGUUAUUAACAUAAGGUACAUAAUUCGUUUGCGAUCUCAGGAUCUGUGGUUGAAGCAGCAAGCAAAAUUAAUGAACCAAUCAUAAUUCAGCAGGAUAAUUAGUAUUUUUGUUUUUAUGUGGAUGCGAUGUUUCAUGAAAUUUGAUUCCCUUUGUAACCUUAAUCCUAUAGCACUUAAUUAGUCAAGCACGCACUUUCAUACAUUCAGGUUCUAAUUGUGCAAAAUGGAGCAGAUAUAAUGUAUGUACUUAUGUUUACAUGCAUGUGUGUUGCUGCUGAAUUACAGGAAUGGUCGGCUAAUCAUCGACUUUUGUGCAUUUCGUUGAUUAGCGAAUGGUGUCUCCGACCACACGGGGCGCUGUCCACUGGCCACUACCUUUUUGAUCUCAUUUGUGUGUGUGCACGUGCCCGUGUGUGUGCAAGUGUGAGUGAGAAAAAGAGAGGGUUAUAGAAUGAUUGCAACUUCCAGCCCAAUCUGCUGCUCCGAGACAUUUGGAGUCAAGUGCUGCGACUCGGCACACAUAACGAGUGGGCUUCUUAGAAACACCACACACACACACUGGCAAUUUGUGGGUGCUCAUCCAUUCAAGCAGGGAUGGGUUUUUUUUUUUUUUGUUUUUUUUUGUUUUUUUUUUCCCCUCUAAUGAUGUCCAAAUGUGACUAGAUUACAGACUAGAGCCUUUGCCACCCUGCAACUAUACCAUCUAUUAGUUUGCGAAAUAGGUUUCUUAUACUUGUGUUGAAUGUGAGUCUAUCUGUUACUGAUAACCGAGUGUUGUGCAUGUUGAUAUAGAGCAAAUAUGAGGAUGGUCUAAUUGUAGCAAUAGCGUGGGUGUGAGAUUGAGUGCUGACAAACUUUGCGAUCCGUUUAGGCCAAGUCAUCGAUGCCAAUGGUGGAUUUAAAAUACAAAUGCGGGCUUCGACGCAUUCCCAGCUAUUGCCAAAAUCUGCGUAAGGAGGAUGAGGAAAUCUCCUGCUACAGCACCAAUUUAAUUAUGCAUUCAUUCAGGCCGUUUACAGUCUGACCAUCCAAUCUGAGCCAUGACUGAAAUGAAUGUCCAGUUGGGGUCUGUCUUUCAACCCCCACCCCCUCACCUUUCCCAAGCAGAAUGAUUUGAAGUAGUGGAGAAUUCCCAGUAGCAUGUACUCUAAACCUCUUGUUAUGGUGUUUGUUGUCGUCUAGCUUGCUUUGAGGUUGUUUGUUGGCUAAUUAUUUCCAUCAAUUUUUGCUGAAGCCAACGGGGUUAUUUGGGUCAAUUUGACAUCAAUUUCAUUGAGAAUGCCUUAUUAACUGGGACAAAAGAAAAUUAGACAGGUCUACAACAGAAUAUGGUCGACAAAAAUGCACCUAAGCUACACCCAUUUAGUGCCAUAGAAACCUUUAUUUGCCUUUAGAUGUAAAUCACAUUGGUCAGUAACUUAUUCCCUAAUAGGCAGAAAUAUUAUUACAAUAACAAUCUUUGGACUUGCAUGUCUUUGUACUAUUUAGGACAAGCGUAUGACAGCUAUUUGCAUGGGAUAUUAUAUUUGGAUACUUAGACCACAGGUACUCUAUCAGUAGGGUUUUAUAAUUGGACAACGUGAUUUUGGUAUUGACAAUGAAAUCCCGUGUUUAGUGUGUUAGUGUGUGGUUGUGUUGGCGUGAGUGCAUGUGUCAGAACUUACUUGAUGUCAUAAAAAUUGAGGAGAAAAAAAAAGCAUGGCAUUUUCAAAAUUGAUUUACCGCUGCGUGUCUUGGUUCUUACUUGAAACAAUUCUGAUAUAUUUUUUAAAAAGGCAAAUUUCAAUUCAACUCUGAUCCACUGUUGAGCCUUUUGCCUUAAAAAGCUUAAAAAAAAAAAAAAAAAAGAAUGAAAAAGAUUUAGGUCCCUGGCAAUACCUGACACAUUGCAUAGCCUGUUUGAGGUUACAGACAGUACUGCUAAAAUGACAUGUUGGCCUUCGGGUAUCAAGAAGCACACAAAUCUGUCACAGUAGCACAUAGUUGAACGUUGCCAUGGUGCAGAGAUUGUCCCAACAGGAGAAUAAUGCCAUUUUUGCCACUGUGAAAGCGUGGAGUCAGAAUUCACUAGUAAACAAUCAACUUGGACUUCUAACGGAGCGGCAAUUGGGGGUUCAAAGUAGUGUGCCUCACAUUGUUCAGAGAAAUGAAAUAAAACAAUGUUUUUAUUCAUAAUGAAUAAAUUACUUGUUGAAAAAAAAUUGUGCAGCUAUGCGAAGGGUCCAUCUCCCUGAAUUGUGUAAUUUUGCUUAAAGCAGCCUAAAUUGGAAAAGUAUACUGACUGAAUAAUCACUAGCUUGCGUUGCUUACCUUCACCAAGUUGCUCCCCACUACACCUUCUCAGUUUUUGAUUGGACCUGCUGUUUUAGCGAGGAAGCUACUUCAUUUUACCUCUUGUCCAGUCAAACAAUUUUCUCUCCCCCUGCCCAAACCUUUAGUCAUUAGCCACCACACUAUAUUACUUUCCCCUCCCCAUUGGUAUGACCUGUGUACUAUCAAGCACAGCAGUGGCACGGUGCCUUUUAUUUGUUUUUACCGAAAGGUACGGUCUUCCAUUUAUAUUUCCCGGAAGCCUUAUACAAUGGGGGGAAAAAAAUGAAAUUUCGCUGAUUACACCGGACCGCAGCCUGAGGCUCAUCCAACCCCGACAGUUCAUCCUCUGCAGUUUGAUCCCUUUGGUUUUAGUUUUAUCCACUCUGUGUUUAAAAAAAAAAAAAAGAAAAAAAAGUGGUGUAACUUGAACAUUUGUGACAGAGCUUUUCAGACACAUCUAGCAGGUCUACAAAUGGAUUGGGAUCAAACUGUAUGAAAGCACAAAUCCAAAAAAAGGCACCACAAAUCUCUGUUCGCCCUCCUAAAACCUUGUUUCAAGGAGCCUCGCGGACGCAGGCUUUUACUACCUUGACCCUGGAGAUGUUGUAGCAAAACAAAUAUGAAAUGAAAUAUAAGAAGCAGGUCUUAAUUAAAAAAAAAAAAGAAAAGACCUGCCAACGUAAAUAAAUCGGGUCACCCUCACCUAUCAGUGUUUUUGUUACACUGAUGGUCGAUGACGGUGAUCAGUCCCGUGACCAUGUGAUGAAUCGGUGCGCCCCUCCCCCCCAAGCUUGACUGUCAUUAACACAAACUGUAGAAAGACCACUGUGUGGACUCUGAGUUCCUUCAGAGUGUUCUUGACUCUUCGGUAUCAGUUGGUGGUGUGCGGCUUCGCAAAAGGCAUCGCGAAGCAGGGUCACAUUGCUUUUGCUUUGUUUGGGUUUUUUUUUUUUUUAUUGCAAACUGAUUGUUGAUUUGUGUCAUUUAGGCUAGACUGAGUACACGUAGGGUUGCAGUAGUAGCCGGCGUGCUGUGUUGAUAACCGUGUGAAUUGUACUCUAGAAGUGACGUAAACGUGUCGUCUUAACUGAGGCAUGAAUCUUCUCAAGCUGACCUCGUUUGGAAAUAGACAAAAGAUAAAAGUGCAAUAACCUUUUAUUUGUCGUUGUUUCCUCCAAUGAUUAUUUAAUAUGCUUUUAAGUUGAACACCAAAAGUCACUCAGCUGUAGCAGAUAAAGGGUUUCCUCUUGUUUGUGUUCGGAGCGGUGACGUUUGACUGUGGAGUGUGUGUGUGUGUGUGUGUGUGUGCGUGUGUGCGUGUGUGCGUGCGCGUGUGCGCGCUAUUCCGUUCCUAAAACUGUGAUCCAACUUGGGCAAGCCGCCUGUUUGGAGGAAACACCGUGCACAAGUUGGGUGGUAGAUAGAUGUGUGUGUGCCUGUGCGUGUGUGCGCUUGAGUGACCUCGGGGAUGACACUAUUGUACUUGGAAUCUUUUAUUGCUCCACUUCUGGUUUCUAUCUGGUAGACGUUCCUUUGCAUGUGUAGAUGUAUAUGCAUCCUUCUCCUUGAAUGAAACAUUUCUCCAAAAACAACAACAACAAAAAAACUAAAGGAAAAAGUGUUUAGUCCUGCUGUCUGUGAUGUAUGCGGAUAAAAGGAGUAUUGAAAAUGCCUUAUUUUGUGUUAAUAUUGAGCAUUAAGGGUUCCUUCGUGUUUCUCCCUUUUCAACGUGUUUCCUAAAGCUUGUACAGUCCGACUCCUCUGAGAUUUCUAUCUACUGUAUAGCCUACUGUACGUGUUUCCACACUUUGUUACAUGGAGUUAAUUGUCGUCUUUCUUUUUGCGGAGAUACAUUCCCCUCGAAAGUGCCGUUUGUUUUCACCAGCAGAGGAGCAGUGUCUUUUGGGGGAAAUGAAGAAAGAACAGUUUGCUCGUAUUCGUUCAUUGUUGAAGCGACAAUGACAAGUCAGGCUGGGUUUACACUGCAGGCUCUAAUGUGACACAGUUCCGACAAUCCCACCCACCUCAUGUGACAUAUACGACACAUUAGGUUGAAUAUCCUCAGAUGACGGAUGGGCAUUUGACUCAAUUUCCUUAAAUGACUUUCAGAAAACUUUAACUGCCCAUUCCUUGAUAUUCAAACGUAAAUGCAUGUUCUAUAUGACCCAUCCUCAUUAGGGUUGCAAGCAAUGUUCCCUCUAAGCUGCGCAACUGCGCAUUUACGCACUUGUUGCACACUCUCAGCGCAGAUGAAAAGUGAUCCAGCGCAGUGAAUUCCAGUCUGACAUUUUUUUUUCUUUUUAUAUCACGGCAGCACACUGCCUCUCACACCAGGCCACACACUCUAUUUCCUGGUUUCCCUGACUCCGCCCCCUCCACUGUUAAAGGGGUAAUUACAAUUGGUGUGUAAUGGUAAAAUUCCACCUUGGCACAUUCUGAUCAAGGAUGAAAGCACAGAUGAUAUAGUUCCCAAAAAGCUCAUUCUAUAUUUUAAAUAUAGGAGGCAAUAUAACAUUAACCCUGAAACACAACUACCAAGUUCCCAAUGUCAAUUAAUCAAAAAAAAAAUAGCCAUCCCUGAUUCUUGUCCAAAUAAUAACUACAUUUAAAAAAAAAAGAUCGAUGUAUGGGAUGCUAAAAACUAAAGAGGAGAUCAUUUCUCAUACCAUCAUUGUGUCAAAUGGCUUCAAAAUAUGCCUUUUAAUGCAAUCGUGGGAGAUCAAAGUUAGUGAACGCUCACAAGUGCAUCACCUAUUAAAAUGGUGAAAAGUUGAAGUAAUGUGGAGGGUACCUUCAUUUCAAACCUGUGACUGGACUAGUCAGCCCUAACCAAAGGAAACUACAGUGUAUACUUUGCUUAGUUAGUUCUUCUGUCUUCUCAGUCCUGUCACUUUUUUGUUUUUUUCCCGAGUUUUUGGUUGUGUUCAAAUCCAUUUUUUCCCCCAGGUGUUCCGUAAAUGUAACCGCAGUAUUGGGUCUGGGUCGGAUAAAUCGGUUACAGGCAUAAAUCUAUAUUGGCUACUUAAAACAUCUGCAAUGUAAAUCCAGCCUGAUCGAAAAGAAAAGCAGCGAGGAUUUUUUGUUUUUUUGUUUUAAUUUUUGCCUAGCACCUUUUUACUGCGUGAUGUAAGUCACCUCAAUGUGCUUGAUGAUUCUAAAGCAGAGCCAUAUUGGAGAAGUUGUCCCAUAGGAACCCUCUUGAAUGUGUUACGAGGAAUAGCCUACUGUAGGAAGGGAUGUAUACUUGCAUGUCCCGUGACAUUUUAGCAGUGAUCGUCCGUCUUUGUUUCGUUUAUUAAUUUUGUUUAGUCACUGUAGAUCUUGCCACCUCAUUGAUGCUCACAAGCUAUUAACAAUCCUCACAACUGGACUUGAAGCAGGCGUUGAUCUGCUGCUGAGGCAGCCUUAAGUCUAAAAAAAGAAACAGGUAGAAAAUAGCUUGCCUGUUUUAACAUGGAGUGGCUUAACUUGGUACAUACAAGGGAGCCCUUAUCAGGAGUGGAAGAACUCUGAAUCAGGGCAUGUGAUGAGUUACAAUCAGCUAAUUUCACAAUGCACCUUCACGUAGAAGAAUCGUACACAAAAAAAAAAAAAAAGUUGGCACGUCCACCCAACAUUCCAAAGUUGACUCCAUAUUCCGCGGUCCUGUCCGUCUGAAUAGGCUUGUUAGUUUUUUUUUUGUUAUUUUCUUGCUUUACGGGUGAAUGAAGUGGGCUCAUGCGUGUGCUUGUGUGCCUGCGUUAAUGACAGGGUUCCCUAGUUAGCCUGAUUACCUCAUUUACAAAAUCUGCAAAUCUACUUGUUCUACUGUGCGCUAAAGGAGUCAAUGCCAUCACCAGCAGCAAGACCUGGAAUGACAACAGGACCAACUGUGUUGAAAUUUGCAAAUUAGAAACUGGGAUGAACUCUUCAAGGUUUGUUUGGGUUGUGUUUCUUUUAACGCUGAGUGAAUUGGCGCCGCAGCUCAUCACAUCAAGUCCAGCACUUCCAGAUUUUUCCAAAAAACGCUGGUCAGAAUGUUAUCAUGAACCACUCAAAUCUGCACUGUCACUAUUUAGUCGAUUCAUUCCGAUACUAGUGAAACGUGCGCACAACAAAACUUGGUGCAGCACUGAAAUGUUGGGGGCGGUGGGGGUGAGGGUGUGUGACGUUUGUGAGGAAAACAUUCCUUGGUGUUUUGCAAACUGAAAUAAGAAAUACAUUUUGACAUCCAUCUCAGGAGGAAGCACCUUAAAAGACAAAUGUGUUUUCGUGCUCCGUCUAUAGCAUCGAUUUGACUUGGAUGUCAUCGUUCUUUUCCCAAACCUGCCAUAUAACCGACUCGGUGAGAUGAGCUGCCGUAGUACGAGUCCGCUGGCCACCUGGCGGAUUUAAGCAAACAUUUGCGUUUCAACACUUGCUGUUCUCCGUAGCAUUUCUCCUACCUCCUUGUUUUUGCAGCUUUCAAGUACAGUUUGUCUCGCCACCUUUUUUUUUUCUUGACUAGAAGAGCUUGCCAGUAUUGGAAUUCAGACAGAUUUAUCCUAAGCAAUGCUAGUUAAAAAGAAUCGAGCGCUUGGUUGUGUUUAUACGUGUCGAUGUCUGGGGGCGGGGGUGGGGGGGGGGUUGAGAAGCAUUUAUACGAUUCAACACAACUGGAAUCUGAAGCCAGACAAUGUUACAGUGCAGAUAAUGAUGAUAGUCCCCUUUAACAUUUAUGUGGUGCACAGCUGAGUCAUCUUGGGAUGUUUUAAAAAAAAAAAAAACGUAACGACGUCUUGGCUUUUAUUUCCCCCUCUAAAUCAUAUUUUUGCCUCCAGCUCUAACUGUAUCUUCAUUCCGGAAGUGUUGAUUACUCUGGAGCGCGGCAAUAUCACAGGUUGUCAAAAGGACAAUUGAAGGAUGGAUUUGUGUUCCGGCACCAGAGGUGAGACUUUGAGGGUACCUCUGUGACGUUUGCCUUAUGAAUCCAUCCGUGCACUCCGUGUUCUAGUAGAAACCAUCCUCUUUGUUAGGCGUCUUGUAUCUGGACCCAGUUUGACGGCAAGGGGCGUACAGGACAAAGUUUGAGGUUAAAUCCCCUCCCCAAAAUCCGCCUAGCUUCCAACCUAAUCCAUCUGCUCCAUUUGUAGGACAGGACCGAUCCACUCCCCAGCCCCCACCCAUCAACCCCCCGCCCUCAUCCUGCCCGCUGCCUCACCUCAAACUUUAACCAGUUCAUAUUUCUUUUAUUCGACAAUGCAAUCCUGAAAGCACUUUGCCUUGUUAUUCCUUUAUGUGAACAUGUGAAUGAUGAUUUGUUACAAAAAGAAAAAAAUGUUGAAUAUGUAAAUGAUCAUUCACUGUUUUGGAAAAACGUGCAUUUGUCUUUCUGACAUUAAAAGAAAAAAAGAACAAUUUAGUGACAUUGAAACCUAUGAAUCUAUUUUAUAAAAUGUUUGCUGCAGCCAAUUGGUCUUGUCAUUCAGUAUUGUGGCUUAGGGUUGUUUGUGUUGAAUAAAGUGCUAUUGCUAAAUAUUUA